AAAAAAGUGAUUACAGAAUCUUUAGAUGAAAAUUUUCUCUCAGCAGAUAAAACUAAAGAGAAAUUAAAUCAGAUUAGAAUUGAUAGAAUCAAUUCAUUACAAAAUCAAGAUCAAUCUAAAACUAAAAUACCAAAAAGACUAUUAACACUAAUAGAAAAUUCUAUAAUUAGAGAACCUAGUAAAGCAGAUCAAAAAAGAAAUAUUAAUGGUAUUUCAGACUCACAGAUAUUGAAUAUUAUCAAUCAAUAUAGAAAAACACUAGACAAUGAAAGCUUAAAAAGAUUUUCAAAAUUAAAAAUUAAAGCAGUAUCAGAAAUAAUUAAGAAAAGUUAUAAUAAUAGCAAAAAUAAAAAAUCUUUAUUAGAUGCAUUAUAUUAUACAUAG